UGCGCUCAUCUGGCUUAUCUGUGUAAUUAAGGAAAUUACCUUAUUUGUUGGUUUUAUUAGUUAACAUUAAAAUGUAGUUGUAAAUAUUGCGAAAAAUUAAUAUUUCAAAUGUAAUAAUUUCUGAAGGCGGGAUACGUUGAGACUUAUCUAUGUUGGUAAACGAGAUAUCAUAUAUCAACAUUUCUUUUUCACGUAUAUCAUACACUGAUAAAUCGAAGUUUGUGAUAGGAAUUAAAUCAACAGAAUUACGAGAUGCGCUAACUUUUUGAGAAAUAAUAAUUGUCAAAAGUGUUUGCAGUUAAAUAACUUUAAUAACAUAAUUCAUUCUAUCUUUUUGGCAAUUCAUUAUUAAUUUUAUGAAAAAUGUUAUAUGUAUGUUAUAGCGGCAUAAAAUAUCAAACACCGGUAGUAUGUUCUAUGAGUAAAAAUAAGAAAAAAAUAUGUUAUAUAAAUAUAAAUCUGCGAACGCUUUAUUAUCACGCUUUAUUACGUUGAAAAGAAGUUCAUGUUUCCAUUUCGAAAUGCCGUCCCUGUUACGAAUACAAUUUAAAAUUGUUUGUAUGCAUCGGGGUAGACGCGUAAUUCCUAGCUGUUCAAUUUCAAUUUGAAAUGAACCUGUCGAUCACAACUGCGUAAAACCUCUGUCGAACACUGUUAAAUGUGGCACUCCUCUUAGGAAAUCUUCGCUGAUAAUCGCAGCUCAAGAAUUUUGAUCAGGAAACAAAACCAUAUUAGCAUAUUGAUUACACUCCUUGCAUUUUCUAUGAAAUUGCACUACGUUCUGAUCUUUCGGAAUUGAUACUAAUUUCCUCAAGAACAAUAACAACACAGAUAUUCGUAUAAUUCGAUCUCUGCGUUGUUGCGUUUGACUAUUUUAAAUAGUAAACCUGACUAAGAGGAGCAGGUUUCAUAAGUACCAUAAGUUUUCAUAAAUCACAUUCCGAUGUACCAACAACGAAGUCGCUAUUAACUUUGGACUUCAUAUUUUUAUUAUAAGAUAUAUUUAUAUUAUAUGUAAGCGUUUCCAGGCCUACGUUUACAUAACAUUUGUUUUUAUUUUUACUCGUAAAACGGUACUGGUGCAGUUUGAUCGUUUAAUCCGAGUACACCGUAUAUAGUAAAACGCAGGUUUAGUGAAAAUUAUGUACAACUUGAUGCUAUAAGAACUUGGAACUUAUAUAAGUACAUAACAGGUUUGCACUUUGCACGAAACUAUUACGGCAGCCCCGUUACUCUCCCCUAAAUUUCUCAUACGAGCACGUACGACUAAUCGUCAGUUCAUGUUUGCUCUAAUGCAAUUGCACUAUCGUGAUAAAUUUUCACUAAACUUUGUGUUAGAAUUGUCUGUAAUUUUUUAUAAAUCCACUGUGAAUUAGAAAUAAAUAAACCGUAUUAAGGUUCUUCACAUGUGCGUGUUCCCUUAGUAGUAAAAUGAACACAUGCAUUUAAAUUAUUGCAAUUUUACAUGUCGUUUGAAAGAAAAAAUUGCUUAAUAGUAGACUAGCAAAAAUACAGUGUUCUUCCAAGAGAAUUAUACGUAUACUAUGAUAGGAAUAAAAGAGUGAGAGUGCGGGGACUCGCUCCGAUGAAGCGGAAUGACUAUGAAUUCGAAUGUUACACUAACUCAUAGCACAAAACGUUGCACGCACUAACUUCGGGAACACUGUACGAUGCGUUAAGAAAUCAGCAACAUUUCUAAGUUGUUCAAUUUGUGUAGGAAUUAAUUCGACACGAUCGACUUAUAUCACAUAAAUGAACGUUGCAUAAUGUUUACGAUGAAGAAACGUGUUUUAUUACUACUCUUCCUCGUGUCGGUGUGCCAGUUUACUGGUAUUCAAGCUAAAUCACCUCCGGUUGUUCUGUGGCACGGAAUGGGAGACAGUUGCUGUUUUUCGUUUAGUUUGGGUGCAGUAAAAAAAUUAAUAGAGGCAACGAUACCUGAUGUUUAUGUAUAUUCCAUUCGUUUGGGCAAUAAUGAAGUCGAGGAUGUCGAACAUAGCUAUUUCGGAAAUGUUAACGAACAAAUCGAAGAAAUUUGUCAACGAUUAGCAAAAGAUGAACGUCUUAAAAAUGGCUAUAACGCUAUUGGAUUCUCGCAAGGCGCUCAAUUUUUGAGAGCAAUAAUUCAGAGAUGUCCUGAUCCUCGAAUUAUCAAUUUUAUUUCUUUGGGCGGGCAACAUCAGGGCGUUUUCGGAUUGCCAAAUUGUGGAACGACGAAACGAAAUAUCUGCAAUUACGUUAAUCGCAUGAUUAAAUAUGGAGCCUACUUAUCUCUCAUCCAAGAAAGAUUUAUUCAAGCCACGUAUUGGCAUGACCCAUAUCAAGAACAAGAAUAUAAAACGAAGAGUACAUUUAUGGCCGAUAUCAAUAACGAACGUUAUAUUAAUCAGACUUACAAAGAAAAUUUGCAAAAAUUGAACUCGAUGGUACUAGUCAAGUUUAUGAACGAUACUAUUGUUUGGCCACGUGAAACAGAAUGGUUUGGAUUCUAUAAACCGAGACAGAGCGUACAAAUCGAAACAUUAAUUGAAAGCGACUUAUAUCGCAAGGAUCGCUUAGGACUGAAAGAGUUGUACGAGUCCGGGAGAAUUCAUUUCCUAGCCUUGCCGGGAAAUCACUUGCAAUUUACACAAAAUUGGUUUGUCAAUAAUAUAAUAAAAACCUAUUUGAUGUAAUCAAUUAUGUAUUAAUGAUUCGAAAGGUUACAAAUGUUCAUGCAUUUAUCUAUACAUAUGUUGGUAUAUUGUGA